AGUCAAAUUACGCUCGGACUCCCCGUAGCGAACCGUCCGUUAGCGAACAAAGGUCGGGUUUGACACGUGCACCGAGCUCCUGAGGCGAGCGGGGUGCGCGCGCGCGCGCGCCUGAGCCGCGAAGACUGGCGCGCGCGCUCGCAGUCGGCGGGAGGCUGAAGGCUGAGUGAGGCGGCUGUCCGCGCGGGUCCUCUCCUUUGCACCAUGAACUUCCUCCUGGAGACGCUGCAGGUGUUCUUCCUUUCCAUUUACUUCAACCUGGAGGCGCUGCUGAAAUGGUUCAUCCCGUCGAGGAAGAAGAAUGUGGCCGGGGAGACGGUGCUGAUCACCGGCGCUGGCAGUGGCAUCGGGCGCUUGCUGGCCCUGGAGUUUGCGGCCCGGGGUGCCACCUUGGUUCUGUGGGACAUCAGCAAUGAGGGCAACUGGGAGACAGCCAAGCUGAGCAAAGAAAGAGGUGCAUCUAGGGUUCAUACCUACAUCUGCGACUGCAGCGACAGGGAUGACGUGUACAGAGUGGCUGAUCAGGUCAAAAGGGAAGUGGGUGACGUUACUAUUCUCAUAAACAAUGCCGGAAUUGUGACGGGCAAGAAAUUCAUGGACGCCCCUGACAAUCUCAUCGUGAAAACCGUUGAAGUGAACACAAUGGCUCACUUUUGGACGUAUAAGGCCUUCCUUCCUGCCAUGGUGGCCAGCGAUCAUGGGCACCUGGUCAGCAUCGCUAGCUCUGCCGGGCUCUGUGGUGUCACGGGACUGGCAGACUACUGUUCCAGCAAGUUUGCUGCUGUGGGCUUCGCUGAGUCCAUGGCACUGGAGCUGCUAGCUAUGGGGAAGACUGGCAUUAAGACCACCAUUGUGUGCCCCUUCUUCAUCAACACCGGCAUGUUUGAUGGUUGCAAUACUAAAUGGCCUCGACUGCUUCCCAUCUUGGAUCCAAAUUAUGUGGUGAAGAAGAUCAUGCACGCCAUACUAACUGAUCAAGUGUACCUGCUCCUUCCCAGGAGUUUGUAUAUCAUUGUGGCUUUGAAGAACAUCCUCCCCACAAAGCUUGGAGUUCUUCUGGGCCAGUAUCUUGGUACCUUCAACUUUAUGGACUCCUUCAAAGGACAUACAAAGAAAGACUAACCUCAUUUUACUCUAAGUUGUAAGUUGCUAUGAAGAAAAGUGUCUGCUAAAUGAAUAAAUAUAAUGUCAAUGUAAUGUUAAAAUGCAACG